CCCCUUCCUGUCUGCACGCCCAUCCUGUGCAUGUCCAGUAGUGAGCCGCGGCCCUCCGGUCUGGAAGGGAAAGUGGGGGCCUGAGUUUUACGGGUUGGUCUUCUCCAGAUCUUUCCGUCGGAUCCUCCUGAGCCUGCUUUAAGACGUUCUAACCGAAUCCCCGCGUCCACCGGAGGAUCCCACUUCACAGACCCGACCGCACUAGCUCAGCAUAAUAGACCUUUGGUGGUGGGCGCUGGUGAGCACCUCUUGAGGCCUCCGGUAAGCGGGGACGUCACCUUCCGUGCAGCCAGGUGGCGAUCGGCCAAGGGUUCAGUCCCGGGCAUGGCGGAGGAGCAGCGCGGGUCCUGGUUCGGCUUCGGUUUCUGCGGCUUCGGGCAGGCGUUGGGCUCUGGGAAUGGUUGCCACGCGGUGCACAGCCCAGAGCCGCUGCGGGCCAGCGGAGACAUCUGCAGUGUGAGCGCUAGCUGGAGCUACACCGCCACGGUGACCCGUGAGCACCCCCACGGGUCUCACUUCCAGCCCCGCCCGCAGCACACCCGCCCCACCAUCCGAUCGCCCCAGGGUGGAGGCCGUGUGGAGCUGUCGGGCUCCGAGAGCGGCGAGGCGGGUGACUGCAGGGACGCGUGGGCUUCAGAGCGGCUCCUCGUGGUGCUGCGCGGCAAGCCAGGGUCCGGCACCGAGCUGCAGGCUUGGACUCCCGGCUCAGCGCUGCGCGGGAAACCCCUCUGGGCCCAGAACCAGGUUUCAGGGACUGAGGCCGAGGGGGAAGACAAACCCGGCGGUGAAGCCCCCGUAGGGACCCUGCCGCUGCUGCCCGGCGCCCGCGCCUACGUGAACCCGCAGCCACCUUUCUGCCAGCCUCUGGCCCCAGAGCUGCGGGCUUGCCGGCUGGAGUUGGGUGCGGAGCACGUGUUGCUGCUGUGCGCAGCUGGCCAGGUGUUCUCCUGGGGCGGGGGCAGGCACGGACAGCUGGGCCAUGGGACGCUGGAGGCAGAGCUGGAGCCAAGGCUGUUGGAGGCAUUGCAUGGCCUGCCCAUAGCUGAGGUGGCUGCUGGUGGCUGGCACUCUGUGUGUGUGAGUGAAACUGGGGAUAUUUAUAUCUGGGGCUGGAAUGAAUCAGGGCAGUUGGCCCUGCCCACAAGGAGCCUGGUAGAGGACAAGAAAACAGUCACAGAGGAAGCCACAGGACUAGAAGAUGAUUGCUCCAAAGUAAAGGGAACAGCUGGGGCUGAGAAUGGAGCCCAAGCCCCCUUCAUAGCUGUCCAACCCUUCCCAGCUUUACUGGAUCUACCCCUGGGCUCAGAUGCAGUCAAGGCCAGCUGUGGAUCCCGACACACGGCUGUGGUGACACGAACAGGAGAGCUCUAUACCUGGGGCUGGGGUAAAUACGGACAGCUUGGCCAUAAGGACAGCACCAGCUUGGAUCGACCGUGCCGUGUGGAAUACUUUGUGGAAAAUGAACUCCAAGUAAAGGCUGUUACCUGUGGGCCCUGGAACACUUAUGUGUAUGCGGUGGUGAGAAAGAAGAGCUGACAUGCAUGUAUAUGUAAUAUACAUAUAUUUGAUCCCCAGGAUCUACAUAGUGGAAGGAGAGAACUCUAAAGUUGUCCUCUGACCUCCACAUGCACGCAUAUACAUGUUUAGUUUAUUUUUAGAGAAUUGCCAGGGAUCAAACCCAGGCACUUCAGUGUGCUAGACUAGUAUUCUAUCACUGAGCUGUAUCCUAGUCCUGAAUCAUUAAUAGCUACAAUAUGGAAAAAGCCAAAGUGACUAUACAUGUGAAUAAAAGAGUAUAUCCA